AUGGAUAACGCCCAGGAGAAGCCAACGUACCAACAGCUUCCACCGAAACACGCCAUGGAUAAGCCCACAGACAUGGCAGACCACCCACUAGCAAAGAGCACCCCUGUGACCAGUGGAAAGGUCGUCAGAUACAUACGGACAAUCGGCUCAAGCUCCAUGUUCUUCGCAAUCUUCAACCAAGGCGCCUCCUUCGCAGAGGAAGCUUGCAAGAGAUAUGGCGCACCAGACUGCGCAAAGUAUCUCAGGUACUUUUGUCACCUUGUGAAUCUUACCGCGCUCCUGGUCAUCACGACAAGGUGGAUCUGGGGGAAGAUAUCGCAGCGGAAGCAGCAGGGCCUUAUGCAAACUUAA